AUGUCGAUGCUGAGGUACCUCUCGCCCGUUGGGCGCCCGUCGGCACAACGUACCUCGUCCCACCACGGCGCCGCCUCCCCCCGGCCUGACAAGCAUGACAAGCACGGCGCCCCAAAGCUCCACCUUCACGUCCCGAAUUAUGGAAUCAUCAUUAUGCCGGCCCCCGAAGCGCCCGAGCACGACGGGCUGACAGGCGAGGGCAGUGAGCCAAGGUCGGACCACAUGAUCCAUGGCGAGCUGGAGAUCAGCCUCCCGCCAUUAUCCCACCCACGGAAAUGCAAGGCCAUCCGCGUGGGGAUACGGACCGUCAUCAAGCUCGACAUGGGACAGGGCCGCAAGGACGAAGAGGACGUACUGUUUGAACGCAAGGUUGAAAUGAUUGGCGCCAACAGCGAUGGUAUCCUGCUCAACCCCGGGUCGCAGCGCUUUGCUUUCACCCUCAUCCUCCCCUGCAACCUCGCACCGCACGACUGGCACCCGAACGGUGUUCUCGCGCACAACCUCUAUGCCGAGCUGGAAGGAAAGCCAGUAGAGCACGAGUGGGGACUGAAGAGUGUGUCCUCGUCGACGUCCCUCUUCUCCUUCCGCCAAGGAGGUAAGAAGAGCCCCACGUCCCGCUCUCAGUCGCGUGCGGCUUCGCCGUCGCGUCGCGGAAGGUCCACUGGCCAGUCUGCUGUCCAGUCCAUGCCCACAACACGCCCACCCUCCAUCCCCCCAUCUGGCACUACCACGCCUGUGGGCAUGGACUCUGCGGCUCCGCCUCAUGUGCUCGCUGGUGCGCUCGCCAACCUCAACCUCAACCCCAACGGCCACGCCGAGCUCGGUCCACCCGCUGGCCCACCCGCGGGCGGCGGCAACGGAGUCAACCCCGCCUACCUGAGUGCAGCUCAAAGCCUGUCCAUCACCCGCCAAGAGUCGCUGGCGCUCCCACAAACACCACCCUACGAGCUGGCCCGUAACGACUCGUCCAACCGCCUGAGCGCCAUGAGCGCAGACCACACCCCGCCCGCAGACUGGCUGCACGGCAACACACGAGUGGACCGUAGGUGUAUGAUUGUCUACAACCCCAACCCGGGAGGCACUUCGACAGACCUCGACGACAGCGCCACUGGAUACGUGAACGGUCUGGGUGUAUGGGACCUGAGCAUGACUGCGGAUGUGUGGUCGAUUGGAGCCUUGAUGCGCCUCAAGGUCAAGAUCUCGGCUAUUCCUGACACGGCCACCAUCUUUGCUGCACGUCUGCUGCUCGCCCAGUCUCACACGAUCAUCUCCCCACGAGACGAAGAAGGAGACAGCAACAAGAUUGCUAGCACGCGCCACUUUACCAUUGCCGAGGCCGGCAAACGCCCGCCACCUGGCCAUGCCCACCCGGACCACCACUACCCUGCACUGUGGCGUGGCGCUGCCGUUCCGUCCGGCAAGGAUAAGCCUGGAAAGGAGAAGCCCCCCUCAUCUGGCGACUUGCUCAUCGACGUCAAGGGCCGUCUGCCCUCGGACAUUGUCGCCCGCCCCUCGUCGCUGCCAGGCGUCAUCACGCCCAUCCACGUCAGCCACAACCUCGUCCUGGAAGUCUUCUUCACAGUGUGGGCCGAGGACGACCGUGGCGGCAAGAUGCGCAUUCCCGGUCCGGGCGGCUUGCGCAUGCUGCGCGUCUCGCGACCAGCCAUUGUGCCGUCGUGCUGUUUGGUUCCCGCAGUCAUCGACCUGCCCCGGUACGAGGACCAUGAAAAGGACAAGAUGGCGCCCCUGACGCCCGACGUCUUGCAAAAGAACUUUAUCCUCGCCGAGGACCAGGACUGGGAUAUCUGCGCGUGUGGCAUGAAGGUCGAGGACAUGGAAGUGCGUAUGCGCGACCAGGCAGUGGCCGAGGCCCAGCAGACGGGCACGAGCCUCGCGGACAUGGCUGCGUCCGCGGCAGCCGAGGACAAGGUGUGGAUGGAGCGUGGUAGGCGGCAGCGCCAGCGGGGUAGCGUGUAA